AUGCUCAAACUACCUCAUUAUAUUAUACUUGGUCGUCUUGGUCGAAAUUUGUCCGGAAAAAGAUGGCAAAGGCGAGGUUUUAAUAUAUUUUUGUCUUUAUUCUUUAGAAAACAGCAUUUCAUCAAAUCUACAAUGAUCCAGGAUGAAGAAUUUUAACUUGUUUGCCUUUUUUUAACCUUAUUUUAGGUUAUAUUAUACUUGACCUUUUUCAGUGCAAUUACAAAGUUAUAUGUGCCUCGUGUGACGCCUACAACUCAAAAUCAGCAGCGUAUUAUCAAGUACAGCAUUGGCAGACAGCAUGGAUAUCAAUUUAGCCCGGAAGAAUAUCAAUUGUUAGAUCGGUAUGAGUUCAAUGGAAUCGAACGGGUGAAUAGUAGUGUAAGUUACUUUGAGUUAUUGUUUUUGUGUUUAGAAAUCUGUCUGAGCUCAGGUUGAUAUCUGGAUGACAUCGUGUCUAAAACACAGGGUAAAAUACGGGACGUGUCGGUAUAGUUUGCUUGGUAAAAGGUCGGACUUUAAUUCAAAAGAUCGCAGGUUCAAUUUCGGCUGGUGAAGAGCGGGAAUUUUGGCAAAUUUCUUAUAGAAAUCGGAUAAGAAUAAGGGUUUUUUAAACUUUAGCUUGUAGAACAGACUUUUUGUGAAAACGUUGACAUCUUUUACCAUGAUUCAAGUGCUUUUUUUAGGAGUACACACCACUUCCCAUCGAAAUCGCCUUUAGCAAAUUGCAAGAAGGCCGUCUGAGGAAUCGAUUUGUUAGUGCUGAACUCUUCUAUGUCUAUAUUAUCGUUCCACUACAUAGGAAAGAUGGUAAGCCACUUUUUGUUCUGUUUUUGUUACAUUUUUAGACCUAAUUUAUAUUGUACAUGACAUUUUUUUAAAAAUUUUGAAAAUUUUUUCCUUAAAAAUUUUUGGAAUGUACAGUAUCCAAAGAUCCUGUAAUUGAUUCAAAAUGGAUUUUUACAUAUUUCAGAGCUAUUUGUCAGAGGUUUAAAAGCAAAUCAAGAGUUCUACACCAAGAUGUUUCGUCAAUUUUGUGGCCCGGAAAUGAUCGAUAUCCCCGAUUCGAAGAGAAAAAUAAUGUUGGAAAAGCUCGAAGAAGGUCUCAGAAUUAAUGGUGAGAGAUUUUAUGGCAUUUCCAGACGAAUUUGAGGCAUUUUUUACUUUAUUUUAGGCAAAGGCUAUCAUUUUUUCGAAAAAAUCUGUUUUUUACCCAAAUUUACGUUCUAAUAUGAUGUCACCGUACUUCAGGAGUAACUACAGAUAAUUUUCCUGACAUCUCGAGUCAUAAUUCAUCUAGUGAUGACCAAAAAUCUCUUCAAAAUGGCCAAAAAUCCAUCGAACUUGCGAAAAAUGGGGAUCUCAAAAAUUUGAAGGAGUAUUUACAAAAUAUAAUCGUAAUUCAAGAAGAAACGGGUAUGAAUAAUUUGGAUAUGGACCUGGACAGCUAUUUCGAAGUAAUUUAUCUACUUGGUUAUACAACAUCCACCAAAAAUGAUAUGGACGACCAGGUGAACAUGGAGAAGAUGGAAUUGAUCAGAUUUGUAAGUUUUUUGGUUUAAAUGAGUAGUUGCAAGUAGAAUGGGUGGUUUUAGGAUGAUUCUACCCGUUUUUGAAUCUAAAAUUGGUCGAUUUUGGGUCUCGCCGCGAAAUUUGGCAUUGUGUUUCAAUGGCUUAUUUGGGCCGGAAACUGGCCGUAAAUGAUAAGAAUAGAAGGUUAGAGAAGUGUAGAGGUGUUUUUGAUGAGUUUUACUAAUUUUCAUUCUCUCCGCGGGCUGUGAUUUUGGGUCUCGGAAAGACAUUUGGCAUUGUGUUUCAAAGGCUUAUUUAGGUCGAAAACUGGUCGGAAAUGGUAAUAAUAGAAGACUAAAGACGUGUAGAGGUAUUCUUGAUGACUUUAACUCGUUUUCCUUCUCUCCGCGAACUAUGAUUUUGGGUCUCGCCACGAAAUUUGGCAUUGCGUUGUAUGCGGUGAUUUUGAUCAGAAAAUUGUAGGAAACUGUCAGGGAACAAAUUUUUAUGAGAUUUUAGUGGUUAAAAAAAGCUGUUCUACCAUCAAAAAUCAGUGUUUAGCACUAAAAUGUCAAGCACAAUAUAAAAAAAGACAAAAAAAUUAAUUUCUCCAACUUUCAGAUGAUUUCUAACGCCCCACAUUUCCCAGGCUACUUUAAGGCCCUCACCGCGCAAAUUAAUCGCCAUAUUGUGAACGAGAAAUUCGAUUCCGCUCUGGUUUUAUUCGAAGAUGUCACCAAAAUUUCGCAUAUCUUGAAGACCGCUAGCAAGGAUCAAUUUAUAAAGCAAAAUAUUGGACGAUAUGCUCGCAAAAUUCUCCACACAUACGAUGACAUUGAAAUUGCCAAACUUCACGGUGCAAAAAUUUAUGAAACUUUUAAAGAGGCCUUCAAUUUUUACGAGGAAUUGUUAUGGACAAUUUUGCUCAGUGCCAAGUGGAAGCGCGACGGCAGGAAGCGUCUGGAACUGCUCAGAGGGAUACUGGAUAUCGUCGAUCCGAUGAGAGAAAAAAUUCAGCUGGUUUACCCACUUUUAGCAGAGUAAGUUUAGGUUGUACUUAAUGGUGAUAAAAAAUUUGGAUAUAUCUUGGUGAUUUUGAGUGAUAGAUUGGGCUUGUUGUGAGUUCUGAGUGUUAAAAAGCAUAAUAAAGCUAUUUUUGAACUUUUUGGAGGGGUGUGUCGACAUGGCGCAACUGGUUUUGGGCUUGUCGGAAGUUUGGCCCAGGUUCGAUUCCGGGUGGAAGAAUUUGUAGAAAUGAUUAAAGUUUUAUGCUUGCAAGGGACGAUGAUGGGUUUUAGUCCAUAAAUUGUAGUAUUUCUGUGAUAUUGUUAUUUUUUCCACUAAAAUUGCCUCGUUGUAGGUAAAAUUUUGAUUUUCUGAUUUUCCAAGUUGCUAUAAAUGAUAAAAUAAAGUAAUUUUGAGAUGAAUUUUGUUUGCAUUUUAUAUAGAAUCCGGCUUUGAAGUUUUUAUAGGGGUGUGUCGACAUGGCGCAACUGGUUCUGAGAUUGGUUAGAAAUUUGGCCCAGGUUCGAUCCCGGGUGGAAUUUUUUUCGAAACUUUGCGCGACUGGGUUUUUGUGGGUCUUUAUGUGUUUUCGAUUACUUUUGGAUUGUCUUUUUUUACAUCAAAACACCAAAAAUUACCUUAUUUUAGCUGUAAUUUUCUGAAAAUUUUUCGUUUUUAGAUUAAAUGACCGCAAACAUGACCCACAGUUGACGGACCAACGCCUUGAUGUUCUUUCUCAAUUUCUGAAUAUGGGAUACAAGGAUUUGGAGGACUUGGACCCAACUUUUAUGUGGAAUAAUAUCGUAAACCCGGUUUUGAGUGAGUAAUCGCAUAAUUUUUGUUUGAUAUAUUGUGUCUCAGACGAAGCGGAAGCCGAAAAUGCCUCACAGAUCCUAAAAACAGCCAUUGAUCGGUUCGAAAAGCAUGGAUUGAGCGCCGAAGUUCUAAAUGAGAUGAUACGAAAUGCCAAAAAUUCGACGUAUUUCCGGCCGGAGAUUGUCGCGGAACUGGAUGGAUUCUCGAGAUAUAACAGGUAUGUUGAUGGGAUAUUUUUUUGGAAUUUGGAUGACGGAUUUUUUGGAAAUUUUCAAAAAAAAUUUUUUUUUUUUUUUUGAAAAUUUUUCGUAUUUUAGGUCUGUUUUUUUAACUGGUCCAAAAGACAUCAUUGAUAGGUUUUUACAUUUAAAUAUGUCAUGAUGACGGAUUUUUUGGAAUUUUUCAAAAAAAAUUUUUUUGUAAAUUUUUCGGAUUUGAGGUUUGAAAAUGUUUUAAAGUGAUCUAAAAGACAGUUUUAUAAAUUUUAUAAACUUAAAUAUGUCAUGAUGACGGAUUUUUUGGAAUUUUUCAAAAAAUUUUCUUUUGUAAAUUUCUCGUAUUUUAGGUUUGCAAAAUUUUUAACUGGUCCAAAAGACACGUUUGACAUGGUUUUUUAACAUAAAUAUGUCAUGAUGACGGAUUUUUUGGAAUUUUUCAAAAAAAAAUUUUUUUUUAAUUUUCGUAUUUUAGGCGGAAAACUAUAAAAAUGUCGCAAAUUUUCAGCUUAAUCCAAAAUUCGACGAAAAAAUCGACCGAGAUCAGAGAUCACUCCACUUUUGACCCGAAAAUCUUCAGCCGCUUGGUCUAUGAAAAGAGGUGCGGAGAGGUUUUGGAAAUGCUCCGAAACUGUAAAGGAUUCCCCAGAGAACUCAACAUGGCUGCUGCUACCGAACCGUUGAUUCAAACGUUCUUGGAAAACGCUCGUUUGGAGGAAAUCGACGAAAUUUUGGAGUUUUUGUAAGGAAAUUUUGAUUUUUUGUGCGAUUUUUUGCUGAUUUUGUUAAAUUUUUUGGAUGUUAAAGGAAUGUCGAGGUGAUGUAAUUAGGACCAGUGGGAUUUCUAAGAAUUUUCCAGAACUUUGUUCCCGAAAAAUUAAAUUUUUUCCUUCUUUUUGGCAAAAAUCCUCGAUUUUUCAUGAAAUUUUCGAUUUUUUUAGAUCCGAAAAAGAAAUCAGCUCGAUUCCGGCGAGACCAACCGAUCAGCCCACCUCAUCCGUCACCUCCAUCCAUUUGCUCAACGUUAUUGCCAACAAAGCGGCCAAAAAUUCGGGAAAUUUGACCUCGGACUUGGUCAACUUUGCCCACCGACUAAAAGAGAAAUUUCCCAACACGUUUGACCAUCCAAAACAGUAUCAGACCUCUAUUUCGGCGGCCCGGAAUUUGUUUCAAACCAUUUUGGGCGGAGAGGUCACGCUUUCGGACUUUGAUUUGGCCGUGGACUUGAUGGUGAAGUUGAUGAUGGAUGAGCUGCUUUUGCUGCAUGAAAAUGAAACAAUUAGCACUUUUAUUGUUAACAGAGCAUAUUUUAAGUAAGUAGGGUGAUUUUGGAGGGGUUUUUGACGUUUUGAAAGAAGUUUUGAGAGAUGUGACGAAGUGUCAAUAUUGAUUUUUUUGAAAUUGAAAAUGUAAAUUGGGAAAGUUUAUAAAUAAUGGGGUUGUUUAUGAAGUUUUAAGGCUUUUGAUGACUUUUUCAGAAAUUUUUACACCUUUGACGAAAUGUCACUAUUGAUUUUUUUGAAAAAGUUUCCUGAUUUUAAAAUUAUGGAGAUUUUUGAAAAUUGGUAGUCUAAAACAGUGUUUAUAAAGUAUUUUUUACUGAAUUAUAUCUGAAUUUUGAGAUUCAAGCCGUUUUUUUCAUCAAUAUUUAAAAAAAGAUUUUUUUUUUUAAUUUUUGACAUUUCGUCCAAAAUUUUUUCAGGCUCGGCUGGACCCCCGCCGUCUCGAUUUGGCUCAAUUUCCAGAAUCAGCGCGGCCUCAGCAACGCCCUGUUCAGCCUCCUAGAGUUUUCCAUCAAAAAUAACAGCCAGGCGAGGCUGGAUUUCCUCUUCCAUCACGCCCGAACUCAUAUCGCGGAGCACCGCUAUAACUCAUUUUUGGCCGCCGCAUACGCCGCUCAGAGGAAACCAGAAAUCGCGGAGAGCAUUGUGAAGAACAACCAAGUGCCUCCGGGCGGAUUAGUCAUGCUUUUUCGGCUGUGGAUGGCCUUGCAUCCGCCGGACAUGUGCACGGUGCAGUUUUUGGAAAUUAUUUUUAAACAUACGACGAUUUUGGAACGGGAACGAAUGCUGAGAGUUGUUACGGAUGAAGCAGAGAGAAAAUUCGGUAAGAAUUUUACCGAUUUUUUGGACGAAUUUGGAAUUUUUUUGAAACUUUUUGGGAUUUGAGCAGUUUCUCGAAGAUUUUUUGGUGUAACGUCGUUAUAUAGAGGUUUCAAAGAGUAAAAUUUUGUUUUUGAGAACGUCGAAAUGUCAGAAAUGAAAUAAACUAUGAUUUGGACAGGCGUGUCGGAAUGGCGCAGCUGGUUGCAGGCCGGACAAAAAAGGUCGCAAGUUCGAUUCCGCCUGGACAAAUUUUAAUUUUUAGCUUGAAAAAUGAUAAAAAGUGGCGUGUUAUAAAAUAAGAAAGUAUCUGUUGAGAAUUAUAGUAAGUAUUCAAUGUAUUGUUGGCCGUUUUUAUCUAAAAAAUCCAUAGUUUUUACCAAUUUUUUGAUGAGUUUCACUUUCAGCAAAUAAAAAGAACCCCAAUCUGAUCCGCGCAUAUCUUCAGCUGGUCAAAACCUACAAUUUACCCAUCAAUCAAGCGGCUUUUGGCAGUUUUAGGACCUAG